UUUCAUACCAUCUCUUGAAGCUGGGAACGGGCUGAUACGAUUCGAAGACCAAGUCAGAGACUACUGGACGUCUCGCAGAGCGACUCUCAACGAGGACUUUGAGACUUUUUGAAAAAAAUGUGUGUGUGUUUUUUUUAAUCCAAGUUUGACUCUGAUUAGAUCCUUAGCGCUUGCGCUAAGUAAGCCCUCCAAGGCCUUAUGUAAUGUAAAAAACCGAGGAAAAUAACGUAAAGUAGAAACGAACAAUACGGUACGAUCGCUAUAUCUUUUCUUUUUCUUUCUCUCUCCUCUAUAGAAAGAGGGGAUUAUACGUGGCGUGGUAUACCUGAUCGUUUGGUCAACGAGACGUACGUAAGUCGGCAUAGCUCCAUUUAGAAUAUAAAAUUCUUUUCUUUUACUUAGCCCGCCUCUCCCAUGACUUUCCGGACCAACCCGGAUCUGCCCUCGAUCCGCAUUUUGGGAGCAGAGCAUGCAAAAUCGAGCAAUGAAUCUUAUAAAAAUUUCCUCGGGUCUCUAUAUAUAAAUCUAUAAAAAUGAAAAGCCCGGGUAGAAGCACAAGCAAAAGGAGAGAGGAAAAGUAGAAAAAGGAAGGGGGGAGGAGACUCGCCUCAAUACUUCCCACUGGACGAGAGGCGCACCUAACCCACCUACCCACUCAUCAAUCACGGUGUUCAGCUGACUUGUACUGAUAGACCCCUAUAGUAUUGGAAUUAGGCGCCCAUCUUUUUACUGUUGUUAACUAAUCUCUUCAAUGUUCGAUUCUACUCUAUGUUAGAACAUUUCUGUGAAUGCUAUUCUGAUCUAAGUGGUCCUAUUCUGUGUCCCGUGCUAGGAAGCAUUAUUCCUAUUUUCAUUCCAAAUUCAAGAAUACGACCGAUACGAUUGAUUGGUCUGUGUGCCUCUCUUAUUACUUUUUUGUAUUCCCCUGUUCCUCGGAUACAAUUCGAUCCUUCUACGGCCAAAUCUCAAUUUGUGGAAAGCCUUCGAUGGCUUCCUUAUGAAAACAUCAAUUUUUAUUUGGGUAUAGACGGUCUCUCUUUUUUCUUCGUGAUAUUGACCACAUUUCUGAUCCCUAUUUGUAUUUUAGUGGGUUGGUCUGGUAUGAGAAGUUAUGGUAAAGAGUAUAUUACAGCAUCUCUAAUUCGUGAAUUUCUAAUGAUCGCCGUGUUCCGCAUGCUGGAUCCUCUACUAUUCUAUGUUCUUCCCGAAAGCGUGCUAAUCCCUAUGUUCAUUAUUAUAGGGGUAUGGGGCUCGAGACAAAGAAAGAUCAAGGCAGCAUAUCAGUUUUUCCUUUAUACUUUACUUGGAUCUGUUUUUAUGCUAUUAGCUAUUCUGUUGAUUCUUUUCCAAACAGGGACCGCCGAUUUACAAAUAUCAUUAACCACAGAAUUUAGUGAGCGGCGCCAAAUCUUUCUAUGGAUUGCUUCUUUCGCCGCUUUCGCCGUCAAAGUGCCUAUGGUACCAGUUCAUAUUUGGUUACCCGAAGCUCAUGUAGAGGCGCCUACGGCAGGAUCCGUCAUCUUGGCAGGAAUUCCUUCAAAAUUGGGAACCCACGGGUUUUUAAGAUUUUCAAUACCCAUGUUUCCCGAAGCAACACUUUGUUCCACUCCUUUCAUUUAUACUCCAAGCGCGAUUGCUAUAAUAUAUACUUCCUUGACCACUUCAAGACAGAUCGAUCUUAAGAAGAUCAUUGCUUACUCCUCAGUAGCCCAUAUGAAUCUGGUGACUAUUGGUAUGUUUAGUCGGGCGGCGGCCGUUAGGUCACCUAUUUUUAGUUAUGGACACACAAGACAAGGCCAAAACAUGUGUGCCGGGCGUGCGACCCAUCAACCUACGAACAUACAGGGAAUUGGAGGUAGCAUUCCACCGAUGUUAAGUCAUGGACUGGUUCCUUCAGCCCUUUUUCUAUGUGUUGGUGUUCUAUAUGACCGACAUAAGACUCGACUCGUUAGAUAUUACGGAGGUUUAGUGAGCACCAUGCCGAAUCUCUCUACCAUUUCCUUCUCUUCCACUUUGGCCAAUAUGAGUUCACCUGGUACUAGCAGCUUUAUCGGGGAAUUUCCCAUCUCAGUAGGAGCUUUCCAAAGAAAUAGCUUAGUAGCCACAUUAGCAGCGCUUGGGAUGAUUUUAGGCGCGGCGUAUUCCCUUUGGCUAUAUAAUCGUGUGGUUUCUGGAAAUUUAAAACCCGAUUUCCUAAAUAAAUUCUCCGAUCCAAAUGGCAGAGAAGUUUCCAUAUUUAUACCUUUUCUUGUUGGAGUUGUUCGGAUGGGUGUUCACCCCAAAGUGUUCCCGGACCGCAUGCAUACAUACGUAAGUAACUUAGUGCAACAUGGCAAAUUGAAUUGAGAGGAAUCAGCAAAGAAAAGAAAAACGGGUCAACUUAUGUGUAUUUUUGAGAGAUUGUCCUCGGCUCGGGCUGAGGAGUGUCCGCAUGAGUUCGUUGAGGUGUCUACACAGGUUCGAAGACGCUCUUUUAUAUUCUGUCGAGAGUUCGGAUUGCUCCACCUAAGUAGAACGAAAAGAAGGAAUUGGAAAUUAAAAGGGGGAGCCAGAUCGCUUCCGGUAGCUUGCUGACUCUCCUAGUAAGAAGAAAAGGCUCUUUGGCGAAUUCUUUAGAUCUGGGUAGAGUCUCGCUCAGUAAAGAGGGUUGUAAAUUCUUAAGAUCAUGAUAAAGUCCCCUUUACUUGAUAUUCUAUUAGUAAAGCGCUAGCGCGCCCCCUUCCUUUACUUUAGAAGCCGUUGCUUGUUUGGGUCGAGCGUCUUCAAACCUCCUCUGAUUCCGAUAAAUCGGUCAAGCGGGGGCUACCCUCGACUCACCUCUCUAUCUAUAAAAACCCCUCCCCGGAGGAGAGCGGAAGCUCCAGGAUGAGAAUGAAUCCGGGAAUCCAGGACAUACUCAUCCUGAUCCACCAUGGAAUUUUCGGAAUCUACAAAAACAUUCUAGGAGAGGGCUCGUAAUGAUCUUCUCAAAGAUCACAAGAUGCUGAAGUGGCAGGCAGGAUAGGGGGGGGACCUGUAGGUUUUUGUGAAAGGGAUGCUCUUAUCAUGUUAUUGCUGAAAAGAAAAAGAAAAUUCCUCUAUUUUUUUUAUGUCGAUUCAUCCAUACUUCCAUUCUUUGUAGAGGGAGGCUAACUGCUUGCCGGCUGGGAGCUGUAUGAGCGGUAACGUCCACGUACGGCUCCGUGAGAAGGGCGGUGGACAGAAAUGGCCUUGUUGUACCUCACUCUCG